GGGAUUAAGGGAGUUGUGUGGAGAACAGAUAAGCUCAGGGGUGGGCUUAUGUGCAGAAGAAGGAAGGAAGGAGUGUGGGAAGGGAAGUGCGGAGGGGAGAAGAACGCAUGACAAGAUGAUUCUGAGGAUUGAAAAUAUACAGCGUGUAAUCAAAGUCACACGCAAGAAACUGGAAGAAAUGAAUGAAGAAUUUGGCAAGCAUCAACAUCCCCCAUCAAUUUAUGUUCAGGAGUAUGAAGAGCUGGCCAACAAGAUCCAUGAGUACCAGCUGCGAGAGCAGCGUCUGCAGGAGCAGCUGUCCCUCUGGAGCGAGUCCCCACCUCCCUCCCCUGUGCAUAGUCACCCCUAUGUCCAUCCCAAACCUCAGGCACCAGAAGAUCCACUCUUGUCUCCAGGCCCUCCCCUAACCCCCAGCACCAAUGCCUCGACCACACAGAGACAUCCGUACAGACAGCGAUCACCCCAGGCUGGGCGGCCUGCUGGCUCUUUCAUCAAGGCAUACCUUCCAAACAAUCAGGUGACUGCGGUUCCUGUCACGCCAGGAAUGCCUCUGCGUGAUGGACUGGCCAAAGCACUGCGUUUGAGGAUGCUAGACAGAGACAAGUGUCAUGUUUUUCGCUACAACACAAGAAUCCCACUCACCUGGAACACAGACAUGGCAGAACUAGCAGGCCAGGAAGUGUCAGUAGAACUAAUUGAAAGCGAUGAAGACAACAGCCGCCUUUCUAGAAGUGCACCCAGAGCUGUGGUUUUGUCACACAACUUUGGGCGGAAGACCUACUUCUCACUGACCUUCUGUGAUAUGUGCCGAAACCUGCUGUUUCAAGGCAUCCGCUGUCAGACAUGUGGUCUCAAAUUUCACCAGCGCUGUGAAGAUAAAGCCCCACGCACCUGCCAAGGAGAUCUGGAAAUUUACUUUCGCCAGCAGCGGGAGGGCUCGCGUGAACAAGCUCGACAGUCGCCUCGAGUCACCCACCAGUCUCGCCCCCAAGUAACUGGCAUGGCACAAAGGGCUCGCUCCACGUCUGCUCCUAAUGUGUCUGUCAAUCUGGUUACCAACGCUGAUGACAUGCAAGAGGAUACAUAUUCAAGACGAAGUCAAGCCAAACAUUAUGCAGAUACCCCUUUGGGUUCACGAUUUAACUUUUACAAAGAAAAACGCCAUGCUAGCGACAGCCACGCCACCAUCAUCAAAAAUCCUCUUGUGCACAAAGAUCUCCAGUGCCCAGCCUCAAACAGACUAACUCCUCCUGUUCCUAGCCCAGGUGGUUCACCUACGAAAAUUCCCCAUUCUUCUCCAUCCACCGGUGCCAAGCCAGUUCGUACAAGAGAUGUAGAAAAACGACAGCGUAUUCGUCGUGAUUCUAAUGAGGACUGGGAGAUUCCAAAUGAUGAGAUUGUUUAUGAUCAACGUAUCGGCUCGGGUUCCUUUGGGACAGUGUUCAAGGCACAUUGGCAUGGGCCAGUGGCAGUGAAGAAGCUCAACGUGUCAGACCCGACCCCAUCUCAGAUGCAGGCAUUCAAGAAUGAGGUUGGGGUCCUGCGGAAGACGAGGCAUUGCAACAUUCUGUUGUUCAUGGGGCUGGUGUCAAAACCACACCUGGCCAUUGUCACACAGUGGUGCGAUGGACACUCUCUCUACCAGCAUCUGCAUGUGAAAGAGACCAAGUUCCGUAUGGACCAGCUCAUCAUGAUUGCCAAACAGACAGCCCAGGGGAUGGACUACCUUCAUGCAAAGUCAAUAAUUCACAGAGAUCUGAAGUCAAACAACAUAUUUUUGACAGAAGUGAUGACAGAGAAUAUGCAGGUAAAGAUAGGUGACUUUGGGCUGGCCACAGUGAAAACAAGAUGGAGUGGUUCCCAUCAGUUUCAGCAGCCCUCUGGAUCAAUAUUGUGGAUGGCUCCAGAGGUGAUCCGCAUGAAGGAACAGAACCCUUACACAUUCCAGUCUGAUGUUUAUGCCUUUGGAAUAGUGAUGUAUGAGCUGGCUACAGGAGAGCUUCCCUAUACAAACAUCAAUAACAAAGAUCAGAUACUUUUUAUGGUGGGGAAAGGAUACCUUCGGCCUGAUAUUUCACAUUGUCGUUCAGACACACCCAAACAGUUCAAGCGCCUUAUCCAAGACUGUGUUCAAUUUGUUCGGGAGGAACGGCCUCUCUUUUGGCAGUUGCUGGCCUCCCUGGAGUCGUUGUACAUGUCCAUCCCCAAGAUAAAGCGAAGUCAGUCGGAGCCUGCCAUUCACCGCACAGAUUCAUUUGACUCUGACUUCAAAUACAUGUGUGCAUCUCCCAAGACUCCCAUCAAUAGUCAGUUCACCAAUUUUGUAUUCACCGGUGGCAUGUACUGAGUCAUCCUGCCAAUCACCUGUCUUUCAUUCUCGCAGAGCAGGCUGUGUCCAGAAGUGAUCUGCAGAGAUUGUUCGUGUGUCAAGCAACCAAGCAAGCCACAGUGUCUAGAGCUGGGUGUCUGGAAAGUGUGUGAAUGGUUCAAAGUGACGAUUUGUCUUUUAAGUGUUGUUCUUUGAUUGGCGGUGUUGCGCCAUGACUUAAAGUUCAAGGGCUGAUUACUGUGACACACAAUGUAUGUAUGCACCGGUGUUUCUCUUGAGCCAGAUUGUUGAUUGCAAGUGAAAAGAACUUUGCAUCUCAGCCUGACCUCUCAAGUUAUUGAUCUGAAAAACAUGAAUAUUAAGUAAAUGUGAUUUUUUUUAAAGCAACAAAAGUAUGUUUUGGUGGCUUUUCGUCCAGUCUGCACGAUUUUACUUUGUCCCCUUUGUUGUCUUUGUGUAUGUGCAAAAAGAAAAGUCAGCAAGCCAUUAAGGUAAAAUGACCCUUGCCCGGUAAUCUGAAGAAAGGAUCAUUGCUAUUGCAUUUUAGCAUAUACACUGACUUGUGUUGACAAGGCUUUCAGCUUAGAGUGAUGACUCGGUUCUGCUUCACAUAUGUUCAUUUCUUGAAGCUCCUUCUAUUUCCGUCACAGAAAGAGGCACAUCUCAGAUUGGUCUCCUGCUGGUGUCACAUUGCUAAAAAUAGAUCGGAGAGAGAGCGAGGGGAGUGCAUAUUAUGUCUUGGGUGCACUUGUAAAGUGUUUGGGUGCACUUGUAAAGUGUUUGGCGGGGUGGGGGGGGAAGUAUUCUGAGGUUCAGAGAGAUGGGAGAAAAAAGGAUUUUGAAUAUCAUUAUUAAAUGGCAACAUACUUCAAAUCCAUAUGCCUCAACUCUUUACAGUUCAGUUGAAUAUUUAUAGUCCAAGAACCACAUUUACUUGGUUGUCCAAGAAACUUAACUGUAAAGAGUUAACAUGCAUGCAUCUUGGUUGAGUUAACCAUUAUAAUAUAAAGAAACUGCAAAGUUGGAUAUUUAUUCAUUAUAGUGCGGUGGUGGCAUUUGUGUUGUCAGCUAAAUGCUGUCUAGUUUCUUUGAUUUUUUUUUUUGUUUUGUUUUGGAAGGGGGAAGGAUUUGAGAGGUGUAAGCUUUCAGUCUUAUCAGAGCAGGAUUUGCUCCACACAUAAGCCAUUGGCCCAAGAAAUAUACCUUGUCUUUCUUAUGUUGUCUGACCUCAUUCCAUAUCUGCGCUAACUGUGAUGGUUGAGAAUGAUGGACAUUAGGUAAGCUGCUUGGCCCACACUGGGCCCAUUUGUCUUUCUAUAGACUGUCCCGACUCACCUCUCCCACCCCAAAAUUUCUCUAUUGCUCUCUUCCUUAUAAUUGGAGUUCUGUUGAACUUUUGAGGAUCAGAAUGUGUCAGCUAUCCACGCAUGUUAUAUUUAAUCAUUUUUACUCUAAAAAUAUGUAAACAAAACAGGAUGAAAUCCAGUUGUUUCCUGGGGGGAACCAGUUUUGAAUGGAGUUGAAUCACUUAACACAGAAACAGGAGCAUAUUGAUUUGAAGAUUUGAUAUGCUUUUCAGAAAAGGUUGGCAACACAAGGACAUACUUGAACCAAUUUUUUUACUAUUUUGAAGCCUGUUUCCAACAACCUUUUCCUUCAUCAUAAAUUAUGUUUAUUUGCUUCUAUGUUUGAUCAUUGAAAUACACUACCUAGAGGACUAGACAUCACAGUGAUCAUACCUUAUAUAUUAACCUGUGUCCUAAUAAGUUUUGGGGGAAAUGCAAGUGGAUAUAACUAAUUUUGGUAGCGGUCAUUGAAGAGGGGAGAAGAGCACAUGGCUAGAUGUGGCAGCAGACAAGGGCUGCCAAUUAUGCUUGUUUUAUGCUUAUUGUGGAGCUGCUGUCUUUGAAGAGGAUGGCUCCCAAGUACUUAAAACUGUUUACCUCUUUGAGUUGUAACCUGCUUAUGUAGAUCUCUGCUUUGCCAUUGACAAUAACAUUGACUUUCGUCAGUGUUCAUCUCCAUUUCAUAUGGGUUUGAACAUUGGUAAGAUCUUCCACUUCUGUGUUAGGUCUUUUGCAAAUUACAGGUUACAAAUUGACCUUUCGCUGAUAAAAUGGAAGUGUAGUGGUCAUUGAGGGUUUCACACAUGAUGAUCUCUAAGAUGUUGAACAACACAGAUAGUAGGGGUCACCCUUAGUGUAUGCUUACUGUCAUGUGAAAGUUUCCCAGCAGUACUGCGCUCGUUGAACUAUUAUGCAGCUAUUAAAUAAUUUUAAGACCUUCUUCAGUGUGAAAUUUUUGCGUCACAUGUCAAAAUAGUUCCUCAGCAGUGGUACUGAUGUAGUAAUAUAAUAUUUUUCAGCAUGGCUUUUGCUUGGGCAGCUGAUUAGGUUAAUGGUUCUGUAGUUCUGGCACUGUUUACUAGGAUUUGUCUGGGUUUUUUCCUGAAAGGGGUAUGAUUAAAGAUAUUGUGUCAAUUCUUUGUUCUUGAGAGCAUUUGUUGGUUCAUCCCUACCUUGCUUAUGCAGCCCAGCUGGAAUGUUGUCAACAUUAGGGGACUUUCCUCCCUUCCGACAGUGCAUCACUCUUUUGUCCUCUUCCCAUUGUACUGGUAGGUUUUCACUGCUUCUAGUUUGGUUGUUUUAGAGGAUGUUAGCAUCUGUCUUCAGCUGGAAGUUGUUCAGGUCUUUGCAAUAUUCAGUCCAUUGAUUGUGUACAGCAGUUCUUUCUGUGAGAAUAUUGGCAUUGCUGUCUUUGAUGAAACAGCUUUGAUGACUGAAGUCUUGUGUUGACCUGUUUUGGUGAGGGUCCAUAGCAGUUGGUAGGUCUUUCUGCCAUCACCCAGUGCCAUUCCAUCCUCUAUGGUUCAGCAUUGCCCCUGUUUUCCAGACUUCCCUAGCUGCCUUCAUUCUUUUCCUGAUGAAACAGCUCACAUCUUGGUAUGUGGAAGUUCCAGGUUUGUUUUUCCCUUUUCUCUUAUUUAGGUCCAACAGCACUGUCUGUGACAGCUAGUUCUAUAGUAUAACUCAGUUCUAACAUUACACUAGAAAUAAGUUGUCAUGAUAUAUAACGCUUUAGAGAAUUUAUUCCACUGUAGAAUGCAGCAGUUCAUUCACUGAAAUGAUCAAUAGUUCCUGAAUAGAAAAUUUUGAAAAUAACUUCAUGUUCAGCUGUUGGUCAGCAGCAUUUAGGCCUUAUUGAAAUUUGCAUGUCAAGUGUCAGGAUGAAGUUAGCAUUCAGUGCCACAGGAGAUGACAUUAUUCUUACUGCUUUUUUCCACAUGUUAGUUAUAGCUGCUUUUUGAAACUUGCCAAACUAAUAUUUUUGUGUGCAUUGCAUAUUAAUUAUUUACAUGCUUACUAAUUAUCGUGUUACUAUCUAUUAUCUCCACUUCAUGGCUGCAGGAGUUGCAGGGAUAGUGCAGCACAUGAUGGUGUUAGGAGGGCAAAGUUUCUUUAUUGCAUAAAGUGGUCAACCUUGCAGCUUUUAUGAGCUUUUUUAGUCCUUGCUUAUUCAGUUCUACAACUCAUUUUAUCUAUGGUCGAUACAGGCAUUCAAAGGUACACAGUUGAGACAAAGUGUGAUUGUUGACCUGUUUAGAGAGAGGGGAAAAAAAGUGUGGACCAUUUGAUUCAUCCAAAAAAAAAUCACUUUGGCAGGGAUGGGGCUUUCAAUCGUAACUAUAUGAGCUCGGUUUUUUAUUUUAUCUCCGGUAGACUUAAGUACUAGAACAUAAACACAUACUUUUCAAUACGGGGAUUUUGUAGGUGGGUGGGGUUUUAUAACUAUUACAGAAGAACUAACUUCAUGUUAACUUAAAACUCAUCAGAAUAAAAACUACAUGAAGUCCGAAUAGAAAUGUUCACAUUUUUUUAAGUCCUCAUUCCAUUGAAAUUUUAUCUCACAUGUCUCUGUCUCCUUCCCUGUCAGAUGGCCAUUUAUUUAGCAUCUCAUAGUUUGCAUCACCAGAAAUUAAGCUUAGUCUCCUCCAGCUGUGUCCAUUUGUAGUCAUCUAGUGGUUUCUUCAUACAAAAUAUGCUUUUCUUGUUCUGUGUUCUGCAAAGAGAGAGGAAACGGUGAAUGAAAGGAAAGUUCAGUUUUACUUUAUUUAAUUAAUGUUUUUUCUUUGUGACUCACCGAAUUCGUGACUUAUAUCUAUGUUUUGAAGCCUACUUAUCAUUCUUCCUCUGUGUUGGUUGUGUUGGCUGUCAGGCAUAGCCUGGGCUGACAGCGGUAAGUGGCUUCUAGCUUCAGCAUACAACAGCCCUAUUGACACAAAAUCAUUUCUUUGAUUCCCUGUGCAGCAAGACUGCAGAGAAAAGGAAGAUGUAAUAUAUAUUGAUGAGGCAGGAAAUGUUCAACUCUGUGCAAUAGUAGAGAAUGAGCAGUCUGUAUGCAGGAAUGCAUGUGAAAGUGCAGACAUGAGUGUAUGUGUGCAUGCAUGUGAAUUAGAAACACUGCAUGGAGGAUUCUUAUCGUGCAGUGCUUGAAAUGAUUUUUAUAUAGACGCUUUUCGAUAGCCUGUUAAAAUACAUCAGGGGAUGAUUGGAUGUGAAACAUGACCAUGAAAGGUUUUUGUAAUAUACACAUAUAUAAAUAUAUCACAUUUUGUAUAUUUUUAUGUUUGUAAGUAGGCGUUAUAAUUUAUUGUGUCCCUGCUCUUCUGUGAGGAUAGAGGGGAGGCAAGGCACCAGGGUUUCAAAUGUAUGUCUGCAAAUUUUUGUGCAUGCACAGCAUCCAAAACUUGUGUGAACAAAGGAUUCAUUUUCCACACUAAAGGCUAAUGGCCGCAUCGCAUAUAACAAAAUGUGGGUUCUGUUGUGGGCACUUUUGCUUUGAUAUCAAAAAGUGAAGUCUUGGUAGCCUGAAUUGUUGUUUUGUGCCAGGUGUGUUUUAAUUGUUCAUAGAUGUUCUUAAGUAGAGAUUCUUGACAACUCGGUGAUCUUGUCUUCUGAAGGAUGAAAUAAUUUGUCAUUCUCAGCCAUUGGCCUGGAAAUACCAUGAUCUGAUGAAAAAUAGCACAGAGCAAGUUAAGGACGGAGUUAUUUAUACAGUUUUUUCGUAUUUUAUACAAGAAAAUGAGACAACACACAGAAAAGUGAUUUUAAAAAAAAAUUUUAAUCUUUGAUACAAUUUUAGUGUAAUAGAUAUGUUGGUCUGGCUUCACAUCUUUGCUAAAUUUAACCUGCUGUUGUCAGCAGCUGGUGCAAUAAGCCAAAGCAAUGAGGCGAGUGUUGUUGGACUCAGAUGGCAUAGAAAUCCGUGUAGACAUAGGAAGUCAACUUGCUUUGUGAAAGAGCUAGCAUUCUCAAAUACACUUGUUUGACCAAAGAAAAGACAGUGUAUUCAGUGGGGUUUUUUCUCCUCUAUUAUUUUUUCUUCUAUUACAAAUAUUUAAUAUAUAAUUAUCAUUUUCUGAUCUUUUUUUAAUUUGGGCUUAAUAAACCUUAAACUCUUUUUUUCUUGAAAAAAUGAAGCGAGGUCUUGACCUCUCUCUUUGGGUCUUGUAAACAGAACAUGAUAUUUUGCUAAGAUUUUUUAAAUUGGUAUCUUUAACUUUAGGUAAAGAUACUCAUAAUUUUGCACUCUUUAACUUCAAACCUGCUCAUAAUUUGGCACUUUGUAGACCUGUUUACCCCUACAGAAUCAUUUGGGAAAUUAUCUGUAUUGUGAGAAUUAUGGCUGAGACCAAAAUUAUAGAAGUUUUUUUUUGCUUUAUUUUUUGCUAUUUUCCUCUUGAGAUCAUCUGUUUAUUUUGUACUGUUUUCAAAUAGCUUUCAAACUCUAUGUUGUCCACUUACUAGCUCUAUUUUCUGCUGUAGAAAUUGGUGAAGCAUUUGUACUAGAAACUACAACUUGUCAUCAUCCUCAAGGGUUUUAACAAAACAAUGGAAGGAGAUGUUGUGAGGCAGUGUCUGUAAAUGUUUCGAAGUUCAAUCAAUUUAGCAAGUGCUGCUAAUCUCAUCCUAAGUUGAUCAAAGGCUCAUGAAGUUCUAGGGAGUUGAUUGGUUGCAGGUUUGAUGGUAGUGGUGAUGGUGGCUUGAUGGCCUAAUAAAGAAAUCAGGGCUAAAUAAUACGUUAAUAUUUUUGUGAGAGUAAUCAGCUGCUUUCAUAUGUUAAAAUAACAGCUAUCUCAACAACCUUACUAAGUAAAAUUAUUUCAGAAAGGGUUAGACAACAGCACCUUGAAGUAUUUGUCCUUGGCUUAAAAAUUCAUCUGAUUAAAAAAGGUUUUCCCUCCUUUUUUCUGCAUCAUGAUAAUGACUUUUUAAAAAUGACAAGUGCUUGAGUGUUUCAGAUUUGGAUCAGCAAGAAAACUUAACUCCUCCUUACCCACUAUCUGGAAGCAUGGCUAAACAUUCCUUGCAUCACCUGAAAAUCUAAAAUGUUUUUUCUUAGAUAUAAUGUUAGGAAAGUAUCAGGCCUGUUUGGUAUCAAUAAACAAUGGGAAAAAAAUGACCAUAGCUUUGAAACAAUUUAACCACAAUUUGAAGAGUGAGGUGAAAGAUUUGAACAGCAAAGUUUUCUCCCUUGAUUUAGUGUCUACAAGAAACAUAACCUGGCAUUAACCUCCUCUCUUCUUGUUUUUAAAGGAGUUAUUUGUGUUCCUAAAGCCUUUCAGUCCCAGCUAAGUAGCUGAUGUGCUGCUUUUUGUGAUGUUUCCUUGUCUCUCAGCAUUGGAUUGGAAAGUGCUGGAGAGUUUUUGUGAUCAUUUGACAUCUAACCAUUGUUGAUGUCACAACUUUCUUCACUUUGCCUGUCCAGCUGUCCUACUUUUCACACUCCUUGGCCAAGGCAGUCUAAGGGUACAAGGGUUAAGUACUUGUCACCAGUACAGUGAGAAUCUUGGGUUCAGUUCUCACCUCUCAGCUGCCUGUUGUACCAGGUUAUAAGCCUUAGUUGCUGGCUUUGCAUCAAACACCAGUCCCCACAUCCUCCACAUUUUGCCUCUUACAUUCUUCAAGGUCGUCAAAUGUGUCAAUUCUCAUCCAGAUUGUAAUGACUUCUGUUUGGAUGCUUGCUAUUUCCACUGCAGGUCAGGCUAGAUGUAAUCUCAUCUUUCAAGCUCCAGCAUCCUGCAAACUUGAAAAAAAAUGAGAAGAGUGUUUCUGCUUGAGAAGUGUUGCUGUUCAUGCUCAGCCCACUGAUGUUCUGCCUGGGAACGCAUCAUUGCUGGUUGAUGACAACACAGGCUGCCAAACAAUGGCCAGUAUUGCUGGUGCAAUAUUCUACAGGAAAUGAAGUGUGUUUGUGUUUUAAUCAGCUUAUGGGCUUAUGGGUCUUUUUCUGAUUUUUAAAAAUGAUCUUUCACCCUAUUCCAUUUCUUGAAAGUAAUGUCAACAAUUUGCACUAGAGGUGGGUUUUUAUAAAUAUUAGUGAGGAGUGAGAAGGGAUGUGCUUUGUGGGUGCAAAGAUGCUGGAUAGUUUGAAUUGAUCAUUUUGUUGCCAGUCCAUAAGUUUUUAGAAGCUGACAACAGUAGUAGGUUGAAGGAUUUCAAUCCAAGUUUUUCAUUUAUUUUUUUUUAAGCUAACCCUGUCCCUAUUGUGUUAAGCUAAUGCAAAUUCAUUUCAUUGCAAGCAGAAACUUUUCAUCCCAUAGUGCGAUGUCAACAAACCUGUCUUUGCUGCCUCAUGGUUUGUUUCUGAAGUCAUAGCAAUUUUUUUUCUCUCCCACUCUGGUUGCCUCAUAAGGCAAAGCUACAAUAGCAUUAGAGUUUGCUUUUCACCUGUGUUUAGAUUUACCAUCACAGUUCCCAGAAAUUUGUUGCUGAUACAAGAACAAGUAAAUGCAACAAAACAUGUUUCCAACAGCAAAGGCCAACAAGAGAACUUCCUGCAGCACCUUUGCUUAAAGCAUGCUCAAGUAGUGUGAUUCUGUUGUCAAGUUGUUUUUGUUUGUAUUAGCCUCAGGAACGAUUUAUGGGGAGAGCUGUAGAUAGGUACUCACCUAAGGCCUAUUGUGUGGUUCAGUUCAUUUCCUGUCCACUGUGAUAUAAUCUGUAUUUUAUGGUGCAUGUGUUUAUGUGCACUUGUGGCCACAGGCUGGGGAUAUAGUCCUCUUCUUGGAGGGCUUAGAACAAUGCAGUUGUUUCUGUACGUAAUGCCUGGUCACGUUACCCUGGUUUUGUACAUACUAUGCUGUGUGAAUAUGUAUUAUAAACAAGACAUCUUGACAUGGGCAAGUCACACUGUAUGUUUGUUAGUCUGUCCUGAUGAUGUAUUGAAUAUUUAACGAGCUGAGUGUGGCUCAAAUCAUGACACAAAUUGAGACCCAAAGUUCUGGACGUGCAAAUUUGUAAAGACUUAUUGAUGGUCUCUCUGUUUUCCUGUUGCCCUGCCACUCCUCUUGUUUCUGUCUUCUCUCACACCUGAUGUAUUUCUUGUCCACGGGUUUAACUUAAAGAUGAGCAUGAAUGUUUUGCCUUAACUUAUUGUACAUUUUGUUUCUUCUUUUUUGAGUGGGCACAGUUACCCCUGAAUCAUUGUGAGGCUUUGUAAAGAAGCCCUGAUGGGGAAAGUGGGGAAGGGGAACUCAAAGAAUUGCUUUUCUGCAGCAGAUCUUAUGUCUUCUACCUGCUUGCCCUUCCAUUGCAUUAGUCACUGACUCCUUCACCUGACCUUUCAUCAUCUUUACCUGACCAUUAUUAUUUGCCAUUCCCUCCAUUUCUUUGAUCUGUCUGCUGCAGUCAUGUGGUGCAGUGGUUAGCGCCUGUCACCAGUACAGUGAGGAUUGGUUGUCCUUGGUUCAGAUCUCAUCUUGGGUACAGUGUUCUUUCUUUGCAAAUGACAUCUAUUUAUAAGACUGGCUGCUUUGCCGCAAUAUGUAGCCUGGGUUGCUGGCUCAGCAUAAAACAUCAGUUCCCUCACCCUCCUUACUCUGUCAUGUGCACCAGUUCACCCCAUCAGCUUUACAAGAGCAGUCCUAAAAGCUUUUAGUUAUUGUUACCACGCAUGUCACACAACACACCCUCUGCUACCUUCACUGCAGUUCUUGCCACCUUAUUCAGCUUCUGUCAUCAUGGCAGUCCUGUCACUAACACCUUCACAGCUUCUGUCAUCCUCACGUCCUGUCACUCGGCAGCUGCCAGGACCUUCACUACUGCUGACUGUUGUCCUUGGGACUUGUUCUCCCAUCCUUCCAACCAACCCUUCACCUUUCCCGAUCUUCUCCCAUCAACACUUUAUGUUCACUGGGUAUUUCUACAUCUGGAAUUUACAAAUGGUUGUGGGGAUUGAGCAGGUAGAGAAGAGAAAUCUAAAUAACCUUUGUGGGCUUGUAUGGAGCAUGUUGACCCAGCCUGUUACAUUACCCUAGCGGCAUAAGUCUGCUACCCGCAGAUAAUGGCUAAAACCCUGAGUUAUGGACUUACCAGCCAGUAAGCUACUGGAGGCACCCUUCUGGUAACUUUCUGCUUUGUACGAUAAAUAAGUGAGACGUGACUAGUUUAACGGAAUGAACACAGCAUUUUUCUAGACUUGACAAGUAAACACAUGAACAGAUAUAAUGGUGCAGAGGUGUUGGGUACAGCCAGCUUUUAUUGAAUUCAAAAUCUGAGGGUAGCAGACACCAUCAAACAAAAAAAGUGAAUUUCACAAUCAGCAUCGUACUCUUCAGUUCCCCCUCACACACACACCCCCUUGGCUUUUUUGUUUCUGAAUGAAAAUAAAUCAGUAUUUUUGUCUUCUAAAACUUGUUUGAGGAACAUCAUUUUGUCAGAAUGAAUAAAUUCUACUUUCCACAGCUUCUUGAUUGCUUUUUUGAUUUGUUAAUAUUUGUUUUCGUUGUAGGUUUCAAGCAUCACCCUUUAAAUGAAGUAUGCAUGCACAUUGGCACCCUUUUGGGGGAAAUCUUGCUGAUCAGUUAGGUAAGUUCAUCUGUUUAGUGGCUCAGGACACUGGAGAUGGCUUUCCUAUUGGAUUAACACAGCCAGACCCAAGUUUGGGCAGUUUUACCCAUUGAGUAAAUACAAGUCUUGGAGGCUCUCUGCCUCUCUUCAUAGGAUGUGGUUUGCGAAGGGGCCUACUCAGUGAUAUAGAAGAUAGCGUGAAGAAAUAUGACAACCAGUAUUGUCUGUGCUGCUAGCACAACGUGGGAAUUCAUGAAGAUAAUAUAUAGUGCAAGGAUUCCUCUCCUUUUCUGCUCAAAUAAAAAUGCGAUGGAUAUCUACACAUCAUCCUCAACCAUUACAUAUCCCUUUCGGCUUGAAGGAGAAGCAGCCGAGGAUUCAAACAUUACUUGCUUGAUGAGAAGGUGAAGCGAAUAAUAAACUUAAGUUCUAUUUCCAUUUCACCAAAUUUUGUAGACAAAGCCCUGCGUCCUGGAGGCCUAGCAGUCAGCUGAACUGCUAAUAUUUUAUAAGCAUUUUCACUCACUGCUGGAUUAACUUGCAGGACUCUGUGCACCCAGCCCCUGGUGACUCCGUUCCCAAAAGGAGCCAUAGGUGUAGGCCUACCAGAUAUCCAGACUUCUUUGUAAACCUUUUGUAAGGCCCAGAGAACAGUGGAAUUUCUUAUUUAUUCAUCCAUUCACUCCUUGACUGGUACCAGCUGAUGACCAGAUUUGUUGGUCCACUGGUACUAGUUGUUGGGGAGAACCGGAUAGAUGCAGUAGUUGACAAGUAGCACUUGUUUUCAGUGUGGUAAGGAAGUCCUGCAUGGUGUGGCCAGUUUUUUCUUUUUUCCCUUUUGCCAGCCAGUUCUUUUUUCUGUGUCCAAGGAACUGUGAAAGACGGUCAAUAUCAUGCCAGGUCAUAUGGCUAAGCUAGAUCAGAUUGAACUGCUUUGCUGUUGCCAGGAGUUCUUAGUAGGUUGUCAGCCUUAGGUUAUUUUAUGUAGACAUUCAUAGCAAUAUUCGCAGGCAUUUAGUCUUCAACACCUACAUUCUUUUUUCUGUAUCAACAGUUUAUUGCCUCACAUCUGUACAGCAGGAUGAGACUUAUACAGUGCUAGUUAAUUUGAUGGUAUUGCUGCACCAACUUCUGUUCUAGCCUAGUCUAGCCUUUGUUUCUACCAUUGAAAAAAAAGUACAAUGAGGCAUCCAAAGUUCCAGUCCAAAAAAAAAAGUGAUCUGACUCAAGCUCACAGCCCUCUGCUGCUUAUUUACUGCUUUAUGCAUUGUUCCAUCAAUGUACAACUCACCCCUUCCUCUGAAUGGCAAACUGAAACUCAAACUUAUGUUUUCCAUUUAUUUUAUAAUCCAUUCUGUCCAAGCAAGUCAGAAUCAGUUAUUUUGUGUUCAGUGAGGUGGUAGACCACUUACUAUCUGGUUCAUUUCUAGUAAGAUCUGAAAUUCGAGGUUCUAAGAUGUUAGCAUUUUAAUUAAAAGAAAAUUAUCAGAGUUAGUUCUUAACUGGUACUGAUUUCUAAGAAAAUCUCAUUGUCUCAAUGAUCUCCAUGUCUUGUUGCUUUUCUCAUGUUUCUCAAAGGAUCCAAGGCGUAUAAAUUUUGAUGAUUUCUGUAUCACCAGCAGCAUGCUGUAUUCUCACAAGCAAUGAAGCAAUUUGUGUUCCCAAGCGGGUUUCAUAUUGUGCUUGGCCAGAACUUGGGGGAGGGGUGCAAGAAUAAUAUGAAGAUGAGCUGCGUGCAAUUAUGAGAUGGAAAAACUGUUUUCACAUGGGAAUUUUUAUACAUGGGAAAUCUUUGCCGCCUAUUUAUUGAGCCUAUGGUCUUCAUACAUUACCCUAUGUUCAGCGUCUUGCAACCUUUUUUGUUUCAUGAAUUUUAAACUUUAAAGCUUUUUUAUUUUUGCGUUUGUGAAGAAGAGGGGAGGGGAUUUUGCUGUAUUUAAUUGCCUACAUUUGUAGGUUUCUGUUUGCCAGUAUGUGGGUGCUACAGAAGUUGGUCGGGUGUUUUUUUUAUUUUAAAUUGGCUUGUUUUCUGUUUGGAAAAUGGUUGCACUGUGUAUUGUUAACUGAACGAGAGGUAGAGAGAGAAAGGGACUUUAUUUUUAAGCAUCAGAUGUGAAAUGAAAGUGUUGUCAAAUGUUCCCAUCUUAUAAACUUAUAAACCACCAAUAAAGAUGAUGUAACAUCC